AAACCUCCCGACACACACAAACGCACACGAGACCUGACAGCACGGGGAAAGCACCGUACACACCGCAAAAGUGACCACCAGCCGCCCAAAACAUGGAGUAACGGAUCUAACGCGGUCAUCUGCCAUGAGAUUUAAAGGUCCGACGGGCAGAAGGUGUUUAAGAAAGACUUUUAUCUGUUGGACACUCGCAAAGGUUUGCGCUCGGGGUCGGGACAUCGGAGAAAACCGACUUUUCUUGUUUUUAAAUUAGUUUAAGUAACGCUGUGAGGUAAAUGAAUGACAGUUUCUAGUCAGAUAUGUCGGAGACGCGCAAGUUCACGCGCGGUCUGAGUAAACCGGGCACGGCGGCGGAGCUGCGGCAAAGCGCGUGUCAAGCGGUCAGGACGUCGGUGUUGGUGGUGAAGCCGCGUGUGUUGGAGCCUCUGGACUAUGAGAAUGUGCUGAUACAGCGUAAGACUCAGAUCCUCAGUGAUGGACUCCGAGACAUGCUGCAGUUUCCUCUGGAGGAUUUUCAGAUUUCUACUCUGCCUCGACAGAUCCGAACGCUCUACCCAUCUGUGCCUACACAUGCUAAGAGAGAAGCCAAGAGUAUGUUUGUGCAAGAGUGUAUAAAGUCGUACAUCUCUGACUGGCAUGUGGUGAAUUACAAAUAUGAGGAUUAUUCUGGAGACUUCCGUCAACUUCCCUCCAAAGUGUCGAGACCUGAUAAUUUAGCGCUGCAUGUUUUUGAGGUGGAUGAAGAUGUGGAUAAAGAUGAGGACACGUCGUCUCUGGGUUCUCAGAAGGGCGGUAUCAUCAAACAGGGCUGGCUGCACAAAGGAAACGUGAACAGCGCUAUCAGCGUCAGGUCUUUUAAAAGGAGAUUUUUCCACCUCACCCAGCUGAGUGACGGCUCAUAUAACCUCAACUUCUACAAGGAUGAGAAGAUCAACAAAGAACCUAAAGGAACCAUAUUUCUGGAUUCCUGCAUGGGAGUCGUGCAGAAUAACCGCGUGCGGAGGUUCGCCUUUGAGCUGAAGAUGCAGGACAAGAGCGGAUAUGUUCUGGCCGCAGACUCUGACGCUGAGAUGGACGACUGGAUCUGCACCCUCAACAGAAUCCUAAACAGCAGCUUUGAGCUGGCCAUGCAGGAAAAGAGGAACGGAGAUUUACACGACGAUGAUGAUCAGAGCAGAAGCGAUCAGUCCUCCAGCAGUAUGGAUAGUUUUCAGAGCGCCAGAGACAUCGAGAGUAAAAUGAGAAAUGAGACGCGACUGAAACUCUUCACGCUGGAUCCGGACUUACAGAAACUGGAUUUCUCUGGAAUCGAGCCCGACGUGAAGCCUUUUGAGGAGAAGUUUGGGAAGCGGAUCCUGGCAAACUGCAACGAUCUGUCCUUCAAUCUUCAGAGCUGUGUGGCGGAAAAUGAAGAAGGACCCACGACUAAUGUGGAGCCGUUCUUCGUCUCUCUGUCAUUGUUUGACAUUCAGAGCGGGCGUAAGAUCUCCUCAGACUUCCACGUGGACAUGAAUCAUCCGUCUGUGAAAGCCCUGCUGCCGGCGUCAGGAGCGAGCGACAGCCCGCAAGGAUCUCAACCUUCACUAGCGACAGACAGCGGCAUACAGUACCCACGACAGGGGGUGUUUUCUGUGACCUGUCCACACCCCGACAUCUUCCUGGUCGCUCGGAUCGAGAAGGUUUUACAGGGUGGAAUAACUCACUGUGCUGAACCUUACACGAAGAACUCUGAUUCUACUAAGGCCGCUCAGAAGGUCUUGAAGAACGCUAAGAUGGCCUGCAGCCGGUUGGGUCAGUACCGCAUGCCGUUUGCGUGGGCUGCGAGGCCCGUGUUUAAGGACACCUCUGGGACGGUGGAUAAGAGCGCUCGAUUCUCCGCUCUCUACAGACAGGACGGCAACAAACUCUCCAACGAGGACAUGUUUAAACUGCUCGCAGACUUCCGCAAGCCGGAGAAGAUGGCCAAACUGCCGGUGAUUCUGGGUAAUUUGGAUGUGACGGUGGAUAACGUCGCACCGGAUCUGAGCAACUGCGUCACGGCGUCCUAUCUUCCUCUGCAUCAGACGGAUGGAGCGGAUCGAGGGAAGGUGGCGUUUGAGGUGGAGGAGUUCGUACCAUCCAUCGCUAAAUUCUCUCAGCCUUUCACAACUUACAACAACCAUCUGUACGUGUAUCCACGGCAACUGAAAUACGACAGCCAGAAAACAUUCACCAAGGCCAGAAACAUUGCUCUGUGUGUUGAAUUCAGAGACUCCGAUGAAGAGGACGCACUCCCACUAAAGUGUAUAUACGGGCGUCCAGGAGGAUCUCUGUUCUGCACGAGAGCGUUUGCUCCUGUCCUUCAUCACCAGCAGAACCCAGAGUUUUAUGAGGAGUUUAAGAUCGAGCUGCCGGCUCAGCUGACAGACAGACAUCAUCUUCUCUUCACAUUCUAUCACAUCGGCUGUGACAGCAACAGUAAAGCCAGCACCAAGAGACGAGAACAGGUCGAGACGCAAGUGGGUUACGCGUGGCUGCCGCUGCUGAAGGACGGUAGAGUAACGGUGAAUGAACAGCAGAUCACAGUGGCUGCAAACCUGCCUGUGGGAUACCUGACACAUCAGGACAACACCAGCAAGCAGCACACAGGUCAGGAGGUGAAGUGGGUGGAUGGCGGGAGGCCGCUGCUCAAGGUCUCCACACAGCUGGUGUCCACCGUUUACACACAGGAUCAACAUCUGCACAACUUCUUUCAUCACUAUCAGAGUGUCGAAGCCAGCGGCCAAUCAGAAGGAGAGCUGGUGAAAUACCUGAAGAGUCUUCAUGCUAUGGAGGCUCAUGUGAUGGUGAAGUUUCUGCCCACGGUUCUGAAUCAGUUGUUUCGUGUGCUCAUCAUCUCCAGUCUGGAUGAUGUUGCUGUUAACGUCACCAGGGUGAUGAUUCACAUUGUGGCUCAGUGUCAUGAAGAAGGUCUGGAGCAUUAUUUGCGUUCUUAUGUGAAGUAUGUCUUGAAGGCGGAGACGAAUGUGAGCAACAGUAAAACAGUUCACGAAGAGCUGGCCAAAGCCAUGACGACCAUCCUGAAACCCUCCACUGACUUCCUCACUAGUAACAAACUUCUGAAGUACUCCUGGUAUUUUUUCGAGGUUUUGGUGAAGUCUAUGGCUCAGUACCUGAUUGAGACCGGCAAGGUUAAGAUGUCCAGGAACCAGCGUUUCUCUGCUUCGUUCUAUCACUCGGUGGAGACUUUAGUGACCAUGCUCGUGCCUCACAUCGCUCAGAAAUACAAAGACAACUUUGAUGCCACGAGAAACGCCAAUCACAGCCUUGCAGUUUUCAUCAAGCGCUGUUUUACAUUCAUGGACCGAGGCUUCGUCUUCAAACAAAUCAACAACUACAUCAACUGCUUCAUGCCUGGAGACUCAAAGACUCUGUCUGAGUUUAAGUUUGAGUUUCUUAAGGUGGUGUGUAAUCACGAGCACUACGUGCCGCUCAAUCUGCCCAUGCCGUUUGGGAAGGGUCGGAUCCUGCGCUUUCAGGAUCUUCAGCUGGAUUACUCUCUGACUGAUGAUUUCUGCAAGAAUCACUUCCUGGUGGGCUUGUUGUUGAGGGAAGUGGGCGGAGCUCUGCAGGAGUUCAGAGACAUCCGUCACAUCGCUAUACAAGUGCUGAAGAACCUGAUGAUCAAACACGCCUUUGAUGACCGCUACUCCACUAAGAGUCAACAGGCUCGCUUGGUGACGCUGUAUCUGCCUCUGUUCAGUCUGAUGCUGGAGAACGUCCACAGAUUCAACGUGACAGACACCGCUUCUGUUAUAAACCACACCAACAGUAAUGGUCGUGAUGAUUCGGUCGCCGGCAUGGUGACGCCAUCCAAACACAUGAGCUGCGUGAUCGACGGCAGCCCUCACAAAGAUCUGUUUGGAGUGAUUUCUGGAGCAGUCUCUCCUCACACGGCUAAUGUGAACUGUGUACGAUACACUGACUCACGGGCUUCCAUCAUCAGCACCGACUCUGUUAACGGCCUAUCAGAACGCAGCAUCGACAAGCCACACCCCCUAGACAAGCGUCCUGUCACUCAGGUUCUGAGCGGCUCUUUGCUCCGCUUUGAUAAACUGGAUCAGUCUGAGGUGAAGAACAUGUUAAUGUGUUUCCUGCACGUCCUCAAGAACAUGUCUGAAGACGCUCUGUUCAACUACUGGAAUAAAGCUUCACCCACAGACCUGAUGAACUUCUUCAGUCUCCUCGAAGUGUGUCUUCAUCAGUUCAGAUACGUGGGAAGGAGACACAUCACCAGGUGUCUGGAGGGAUCAGGGCCGGUGGUUCAUGAGCGACGCUCUCAGACCCUCCCUGUGUCACGCAGCAGGAACAACGUCACACAUGUACGACUGCAACAACUCAACAGUCUGGACAACUCUUACACGUUCAACCACACCUACAGUCAUUCAGACGCUGAUGUGUUGAAUCAGUCUCUGUUGGAGGGAAAUAUUGCCACUGAAGUGUGUCUGACGGUUCUGGACACAUUGAGCAUCUUCAUCAUGGGCUUUAAGACACAGUUAAGUCUGGAUCACGGUCACAGUCCGCUCAUGAAGAAAGUCUUCCAGGUUCAUCUCUGUUUCUUACAAAUCAACCAAUCAGAGACGGCCCUGAAACAGGUCUUCACCUCCCUGCGCACCUUCAUCUAUAAGUUUCCCUGCACGUUUUUCGAGGGCCGUGCGGAUAUGUGCGCGUCCUUCUGUUAUGAGAUCCUGAAGUGCUGUAACUCCAAACUGAGCUCCAUCCGCAGCGACGCCGCUCAUCUGCUUUAUUUCCUCAUGAAGAGCAACUUCGACUACACCGGACGCAAGUCUUUUGUCCGCACACAUCUCCAGGUGGUGAUCGGCGUCAGUCAGCUCAUUGCUGAUGUCAUCGGUAUAGGAGGGACGAGGUUUCAGCAGUCGCUGUCCAUAAUCAACAACUGCGCCAACAGCGACAGAACGAUCAAAAACACAGCGUUUCCGUCCGACGUGAAGGACCUGACGAAGAAGAUCCGGACGGUUCUGAUGGCCACGGCGCAAAUGAAGGAGCACGAGCGAGACCCUGAGAUGCUGGUGGACCUGCAGUACAGUCUGGCCAAGUCUUACGCCAGCACGCCAGAACUCCGCAAGACAUGGCUGGACAGCAUGGCCCGCAUCCAUGUGAAGAACGGAGACCUGUCUGAGGCAGCCAUGUGUUACGUGCAUGUUGCGGCACUGGUGGCCGAGUACCUGCGGAGGAAGGGGAUGUUUAAACAGGGCUGCUCCGCAUUCAGAGUGGUCACACCCAACAUUGAUGAAGAAGCGUCUAUGAUGGAGGACGUCGGCAUGCAGGACGUCCACUUUAAUGAGGAUGUUCUGGUCGAGCUUCUGGAAGAAUGUGCAGAUGGUUUGUGGAAAGCCGAGCGUUAUGAGCUCAUCUCUGACAUCUACAAACUCAUCAUUCCCAUUUAUGAGAAACGCAGAGACUUUGAGAAACUGUCUCACCUGUAUGACACGCUGCACCGAGCCUACAGUAAAGUGACAGAGGUGAUGCACUCCUGUAAACGUCUGCUGGGAACAUACUUCAGAGUGGCGUUCUUCGGUCAGGGCUUCUUUGAGGAUGAAGAUGGUAAAGAAUACAUCUACAAGGAGCCUAAAUUCACCCCACUGUCAGAAGUCUCACAAAGACUCCUGAAACUGUAUUCAGACAAAUUUGGAGCUGAGAAUGUCAAAAUGAUUCAAGAUUCUGGCAAGAUUAAUCCAAAGGAUUUAGACUCGAAAUACGCCUACAUCCAAGUGACCCACGUGAGUCCGUUCCUGGAGGAGAAGGAGCUGCUGGAGAGAAAAACUGACUUUGAGAGGAGUCACAAUAUUUGCCGGUUUGUGUUUGAGAUGCCGUUUACAGUAUCGGGCAGAAAACAGGGCGGUGUGGAGGAGCAGUGUAAACGCAGGACCAUUCUCACUUCCACACAGUGUUUCCCGUAUGUAAAGAAGCGGAUUGCAGUGAUGUAUCAGCAUCAUGUGGAUCUGAAUCCUAUCGAGGUGGCCAUUGAUGAGAUGAGCAAGAAAGUGCUGGAGAUCAGACAGUUGUGUUCCUGUAGUGAUGUGGAUAUGAUUCAACUACAGCUCAAACUACAGGGCAGCAUCAGUGUCCAGGUGAAUGCUGGACCUCUCGCGUACGCCAGAGCGUUUCUGGAUGAUUCCAGCACAAAGAAAUACCCCGACAACAAAGUCAAACAGCUGAAAGAAGUUUUCCGUCAGUUUGUGGAGGUGUGUGGUUUGGGUUUAAGUGUUAAUGAACGACUGAUCAAAGAAGACCAGCAGGAAUAUCACGAAGAGAUGAAGACAAACUACAGAGAUCUCACCAAAGAGCUCAGCGCUAUCAUGCACGAGACGAUCAGUCCAUCUGAUGACGGGAUGAGGAGUCCGAUCCCAGAUUCUCUUCACAUCUUUAAUGCCAUCAGCGGAACGCCGACCUCAGCAACCAUCCAGGGUCUGCCCAACACCUCCUCUGUGGUCUGACCCCUGCGCUGACCUCACGACCUUUCACCCGUCCACACGUAUCUGCUGGACCCCUCCUUCAGAAGAGGAUCACGUGAGGACAUGGAGGAGAGGGAUGAGACGACCUCUGACCUUCUGUUUCCUGUGGAGACAUUAUCAUGACACUUCAUGUGUUUUUCUGGCUAUAUUGCGGACAGAAAAUGACCACGAGCAGCAGAAACAGCUGGACUCAAACCCCCUGCGUAAACAUCACAGCUCCAGGCCUCACUACUUAUGUGCUAAACCAUAAGCUACGGCUGCAAAGCUUUUAUCUGCUUUGUAUGUUUUUAAUGUUUCUUUAUUCUCAGACGUUCCUGUUUUUAAUAUUCUUUUAAGUGACGGACUGAACUGUACUCUGACCUCUGAUAUCUGAGAGAUAUAAAAUCUUGGCAUUGGUUUGAAACACUGAGGCCGGGUCUAAAGCCAUGACAUAUGAGCCGUUUAUCUACAUGUGCUUCUACAGUUUGUAAUAAACUGCCAACAGUGGCACAUUGAGGGGGCGUGACACACUGGAGGAGGGGCGGGGCUUAUGUACACACAAAUUCUAAUGUGUUUGACAUAUUUUUAUACUCUGGGACACAGUUGAAUGUGAUGAUGUUUUUUAUCUGUAUUUAACAUUUGCUGCUCUGCUGUAUUAAAUAUUUCCUGUAUUAAAUAUGCUUAUUUUUUUUGAAUAAAUCUCACACAAUUGUA